ACUGACUUCAUCAACACCUUUGCGGCGCUGGAUUUAUAUGGACGUUAUAAAAAACUGGAACACCGCAUUCUGAAGAAGCAGAGUGAGUAGCAGAGCUCUGCGGGGGAGAAAUGGGAAUCUGAUGCAUAAUCAAACACAAGAGUGGUAGACAGCUUUCUGAAGAUUUUCAUUAGCGUACAGCAUGCAGUUUUUUUGUUUUUUUUUAUAGAGAGACAGUUUUGAAAAGUCUUACAUUCUCCACAGCUAGAAAGCAGCACUGGCGAAGUAGACAGCGCAUCUGUUCAGCCGGCGGUACUAAAUUGAAAACUAUGCACACACAUCGAUCAGUUACAAGAUGAAUCCCUACAAACAACACCGAGACAAGUCGUCCAGAAUGGAAGAUACUACUUUGUUUUAUUACUACAGAACCAACCGCUAUUAAAGGUGUCUUUUCUCAUGCAAUAAGGUGAGUGCCAGAUCCACCCUUUGCCCAACCAACAUUAAUGAAUUUGUCCAUGUAUUGAGCUGUCAGACAUUCUGCAACACAUUUCGGUUGAACUAAUCCGGACAAACAAGAGCGGGUCAUCCCCAUAUACACCUCAGAUAUGAAUCUUUCCGACAACCUCUACAAAAAUGACAACGCCGAGGUCUAUCGGUCUGUUGUGGUCCAGCAGAACUUGACCAAGUACCCGAACUCUUGGACCCAGUAUAGCAACGGCAGUGCAGAUCAGCUUCCAACUUUCUCCACCGCGGCCAAGACAAGGGUCGCCAUUACCUGCGUUAUAUUCCUAGUGUCCGCUUUCUGCAACCUGGCCGUCCUGUGGUCGGCCAGCACCAACAACAAAAGGAAGUCGCACGUGAGAAUACUUAUAAUAAACCUGACAGCGGCGGAUCUCUUGGUCACUUUUGUUGUCAUGCCUCUGGAUGCCAUCUGGAAUGUCACAGUUCAGUGGCUCGCGGGGGACGUUGCUUGCAGGAUCCUUAUGUUUCUGAAACUCGUGGCUAUGUACGCCUGUGCGUUCGUGACUGUGGUCAUUAGCUUAGACAGGCAGUCUGCAAUCCUCAACCCACUGGCCAUCAACGAAGCGAAGAAGAAAAACAAAAUGAUGCUCUCCGUGGCUUGGACCAUGAGCGUGUUGCUGUCAGUUCCGCAGAUGUUCAUAUUUCACACCGUUACUAUCACCGUACCGCAGAACUUCACCCAGUGCACCACCAGGGGGAGCUUCGAGGAGCAAUGGCAGGAGACCACGUAUAACAUGUUCACCUUUGCGUGCCUCUUCCUCUUACCGCUGGUCAUCAUGAUCUUGUGCUACUCCAGGAUCCUCAUUGAGAUAUCAAAACAAAUGACCAAGGGAAACAUAUCUUCGAAGGAAGUGCACUUGAGGCGAUCAAAGAACAACAUACCAAAGGCGCGAAUGAGAACUCUGAAAAUGAGCAUCGUCAUCGUGACUUCCUUCAUUGUCUGCUGGACCCCUUAUUACCUUCUUGGGCUAUGGUACUGGUUUUCCCCUGAUGUGCUGGAGGAAACCGUCUCCCAGUCCCUGAGCCACAUGCUGUUUCUAUUCGGGCUGUUCAGCACUUGCCUGGACCCCAUCACCUACGGGCUCUUCACCAUCCAUUUCACCAGCCUCAAACGCUACUGCUGCAGCACCAACAUCACGGCGGAGUCGGAAGCCAAUUCCACCAAGACCGGCUCCUUCAGGUGCUCAGCUGCAUCGCUCCGCAUGAAGAGGCUCACUGUGGAUGCUCACGAGAUGCAAGGGAGUAGCGGUGCUAGGAACAAGCCGGAGAGAAAGACUCGCUACUACAGCAACGGCAACAGCUAUCUCGCUGUCUACAAGGAAGGGACCAAUGACAGGACUCAUUCAUGAUGUGAGAUCAAACCAAUGCAGGAUGGAAGAAAGGCUGCACUUUCUGCUCGAGUGCUUUGAGAAGAAAGAGGUUGGACAAGCACCCCCCAUGGGCACCCUGGACUGAUUACCCUCCUGAUUCCUCCAGGGAUGUUUGAGAUGGAAAUCUGUAGGAAAGUCUGAUCUCCAGAUUGGCCUGUGAAGCAAUUACUAUGGAGGAUGCUUCUCAUGAAAAAGCAGUCCUUUUUUGCAGCCCCUGCCAACUAAGCACCUACAAUCAGUCCUCUGUCAAAGUCCCUUGCAACAGGGAGAUGCAGAUUGUGUAUAUUCCACAAUACUCUGCCUUUCAGUGAGUCCAUCUGUAUAAGAAGUUAAUGAGGUACUGUAUGUGAAGGGUAGUCCAUUUACACACAAGUGCACACUGCAUAUCACAGGUGUUUAUAAUAGGUCCACACCCUACAUGUGUAAUCAUCCUGGGGAUUUGAAACACUUAAUCAGGUCCAUUCUUUAUGCCUUUGUCGUGAUUUUCUGUUAUAACUACGGGUCAGCUCGAUGGAAUGGUGGUGGACUGACAGACAGAUGGACAGGACGGACAAAUGGAUAUUAUCAGCUCACAAGGGUCCCCAUUUUUUGAAUGAGGUCCCAAAGCAGGACCAACCCUGACAUUAUUUAAAAAAAACACCAUAAGAACACUAUUGAUUCAAAUGGCUGCUGUACCAUAUUAAGAUCUGUUGCUAUAUAUACAACAACCGAAUAGAUGUUUACUUUGUGUUUCUUAUGUUCUUACCAUAGUGUCAGUUUAUAUCUACCUCAAAUCACACAAAAAUGCCUCAGAAACUCACUAUCACCAACAGUACAUCGAUCCUAGCCAGCCUCCCUGAAUCUUUUUCAAAGGUAAGAAGUUCUGUGAUGCAAUUAAUCAUCUCAGGGAACCCCUGCAUAUUUGAUAAGGCUUCUUUCUCAUGCAUUUUUUUGUUUGAAAAUGUGCAUAUAUGAUUCUGCACACCUUUACAUUUUGCUGCUGUUGUUGUCACAAAAACGCUAACACAUUAGCCAACAAACUAAAAACUAGUUGUAUUAUAUUUUUAACAAAGAUCAACAAGGGAAUUAGACUGUAAAAUAAUAGAUAGACAUCUUAAAAAAACAAAACUUUUUAAAAAUGUGAUUAAAAACAAAGAGGUAUCUAUAUACACAAAGCUAUAAGGACUGUUUUAGUUUUUUUAAAGGGACGUUUUCAGUGUGCAGUACAAUAAGACACUGUAAUCUAAGAUAAUGUUUACAAGCACGCUUCAAAAAACUGUCCUUAAAAAAAAACAUUCUUUAAAAUGGUCCUUAAAAAUGUGGUGAAUAGGGACCAGCAAGUUUGAAGUGCUUUAAUUCUUGAAAACAAGAGCUGCUUCGCUUUUGUUAAAGUGAUCAAUGUUCUGCAUUUAUAUCUGGAAUCAAAUACCUAGUACAGUACUGUGCAACGCAAUAGCUUACCACUGCCAUAUUUACAUUACAAUGACAUACAAUCACUAUGUUUUUGUCAUAGAGAGAAAUUUCUAUAGCCGUCAUCAAGUAAAAAUGUUGCAUAUAUUUUAAAGACAUUUGUCUUUUGUUACCAAUAAUAAACAGCUAAAGUAAGAUGCCAUGUGUAGGGAACAGUAUGGUAAUUGUGUUUGUGGAUGGGAGUUUUAAUUCCUUAUCUUGAUUAUUCCAAAUUGUUCUGCUGGUGGAAUAACAUGUUUAUAUCUAAUGCCCUGUUCACGCAACCAAAGCAAUGCUCGCUCCUCACGUGUUCAGAAUUCGAUUUCCGGGAAUGACGGCUGUGUGUUUUCAACCUGUCUCCGAUGAUACUUCUGAUACAUGUUUUCAGUAAACAUGCACUCACUUUUCAGGAAAAAAAGCACAUUAAAAUCCUGCCUUCAACAAAAUGUCUUAAAGCGUUCAAUCAGAAUCAAUAACUCAAGCUUUUACGAGAGAAAAUGCGUUAUUCUCUGGAGUGUUACUUCUGCUGGUCUGAAGGGUUACAUUUUUAAGAAAAGUCUGCAAUCAUAAAAUGAUCAUUUUAUUACAGAAGUGUGCUGUUUAAGAGUAAUGAAAUACUGGUGUUGUGGUUAAUGUAAGAUAUGUCAAUGCUAACUUGUGGGUGUUAUUAAAAGGGCGUCUGCUAAGAAAUAAAUAAUAAUAAUAAUAUUAAAAGGGUAUCAAACAGAUGUCAAUAUAUAGUUCCUUGGUGCUGUCGAUCUUGUAGGUAAUUAAAAUUGUUUUUAAUGCUGCAUGUUUCUUUAUAUGUGUUAUAUUUGUUAAAAUCGUGAAAAUUCAUAUUUGACAGCAACGGAGUAGAAUACAUCAGAUUAAGUAGAACAAAAAGCGUUAUUUUCAGUUAAAACGUAAUGAUGUAAGUGAUGAAUUCAUGUAAAGAAUGUCUUUUUUAAAAAUGAUUAAGAUGGAAAUGUGUAUGUUAAAAAAUAAAGCUCAGCCUUUACUUUGCAUUUGAAAGUGGUUUUAGUUGUGCGAAGCUAACAUAACUGGACAUUGUAAA